AUGCAUCUAAUCGGUAUCCUCUCCUGGUUGCAACUGCUAUACGCAUUUUCCUACUGCGUAGGACCAUUUUGGAGCACACGGCGCGAGUUUCCACCCUUCAUCACAACGAUCGACCGCAUAGAAACAAAAUUCCUGAACACCAUUUUCGGUGCGCCCCCACUCUCAGCCUAUGAUUCUGCACCGAAUGUAGAGAGCCAGAGAGGGAAUGGCCUCCUGAAUCGGGAAAACAACAACAUCCGCACCACCGCACAACCCAAUCCCAAUUUGUUAUCCAGCUCAACCUGGCCACAGCAGGGACAUCAAAACUUGGACUCCUCAUCAGAGCAAGAAAGUCCCACAUUGUAUCAGGGCAACGACGGAGAAAACUUCCCUAUCCAUGGAACCCUGCGCAGGGUUCGAUUCAGCACACGGGGUAGCAUCUCAAAGCUAGCUACCUCGGCAAAAGCCAUCUUCCGCCAGCCGCUGAACACCACCCAACGGAAUCCAGAAGGCUUGUCUUUCGACGAGGAACGAGCAGGGUCAGAGCUGGUUCCUGUUCCAGUGCGCACUUCGCAGCCUCGUUUUGUCGAGAACGUGCCUUUCCCCGCUCCCAUGUCUGUUUCUGCGCGUAUCGCAGAUCACUUUAGUGACCCUGGACCGUCAACUGGAAUUAAGGGGAAGCAGCCCGUCUCGUUUGGGGCGACCAUUGCUGCGGGGGUUGAUUCUGAGACUGUACAGAUGGAUCGUGCGCGCAAGUAUCACUCUGUCGAGAGUUAUCCGGGGAAGUUCCCUGUUAGUGAUUCGUUGGAUUAUAGCUCGCUUGCUACCGCUUAUGCUGUCAGAGGGAGGGGAACUACCUCUGUUCGGCCUUUCUCGGACUACUAG